AUGCGUUUCUCUGCUGCCACCGUUGCUCUCUUCGCCGGCCUUGUUGCCGCCCUCCCUAACGGCGAGGUCCACACUGUCUACCAGACUGAGGAUGUGACCAUCACCUCUUGCGCUCCCACCGUCACCGACUGCCCCGGCCGUCAGACCUCCACCCCUGAGGGUGUUGAGCCGAUCGCCACUCCCACUGGUAUCACCACUGAGGAGACCCCCGUUGCCCAGACCUCCUCUGCUGAGGUUCCUCCCGUUGAGGAGACCACCCCCGCUGUUCCUCCUGCCGUCCCUACCAGCAGCUCCCCUGUUAUCCCCUCUCAGGGCCCCAGCAGCAGCGGCAGCGUCCCCGCUGUUCCUUCCAGCAGCAGCCCCGUCAUCCCUCAGCCUCCUCAGCAGCCUAGCCAGGGCACCACCGUCAUCGCUGUGACCACCUGCAUUCCCACCGUCACCUACUCGACCAUCACCGGCCCCGCUGGCACUCCCACCGGUGUCUCCCCCGGCAAGAGCUCUUCCGUCCCCGUGAUCGGAACCCCUGCCCCCAGCGGCGGUGCUACCCCCUCUUCUUCCGGCCCUAACCCUCUCUUCACCGGUGCUGCCAACACCCUCGGCCAGUCCUUCGGUCUUGCCGGUGCCGCCGCUGCUGCCGCUUUCUUCCUUGCCUAA